GACACACAACACUUUGAGAUGUAAUCCGAGGUGUAAAAGAGGAUGUGUGUCUUUUUUUGUUUUCACUGUGCAUUCAAUUGCCAAUUCAUUAGGUAGAGCAUUUAAGUACAUACUGGAGACAUCAGAGUCAGGGAUACCACCAGCAUUAACAAAGAACCAUGCAGUGGACAGAGAAUCUCAGCAAGUUAGUCCUGGCAGUGGAUUCAGUUACACUUAUUGCAGGUCUUCCAACUAAUCUGUUGGCUCUCUACAUCUUUAUCCAUAAGAUGAAGCAUCAAGCUACACCCCUCAAUGUAUUCUUGCUCAGCCUCACCAUCUCUGACCUGAUCUUCCUGUUCUUCCUUCCGUUGCGCAUGAAAGAGGCGGCCGAAAUGAAAUGGACCAUGAGCUACUUUCUCUGUUCGCUUUCAGUAUUUAUCUUUUACGCAACCAUUUACAACAGCACCUUGCUUUUGAUGGCUAUCAGUGUGGAUCGCUAUCUGGGAGUGGCCUUUCCAAUCAAGUACAAACUCAAGCGACAUCCUCGAUAUGCCAUGAUUGCAUGCGUUAUAUUCUGGUUGGUUUCCAUGCCACAAUGCAGCUUGGCCAUUAUUAUUCAGUACUAUAACUUCAAUAACACCGUCCCUGAUUCAUCCCAAAAAGAGGUCUGCUAUUAUGAGUUUACAGAAGAACAGCUGAAGCAUGUUUUGCCUGUACGUUUCGAAUUGUUUGUUCUGCUGUUCUGCAUCCCUUUUAUCGUCUGCAGCUUCUGCUACAUCAGAUUCAUCCUCAUCCUCUCUCGGCUACCUAACAUCAACCCUCAGAAACGCUACAGGGCCAUUGGGCUUGCCCUAACCACCCUCCUGGUCUUCAUCAUCUGCUUCAUGCCCUACAACGUGUCUCAUCUUGUGGGAUUUAUUGGAUGGUACAGUCCUGACUGGAGACCAUAUGCGCUCCUCACCAGCACCUUUAAUGCCUGCUUGGACCCUCUCAUUUUUUAUUUCUCCUCUUCAGUUCUCCGGGCGACUUGCGAACAAUUGAUAAGGAGACUAGUCAAUAGCAUAAAACCUUUCUGCUGCUGGAAAUUGCUUAACUCUGCUCACACGACACAGAGAUCCAAUGGCACUUCUGGCACACAAUGACAUGUUGGAAUGUAACAUUGCAUAUAAGUUAACUUUGUUGGUUCAUAGUGUUUGCCAGGAUGUUAUAGAACAAUCUUACAGCUGUUUGUGGGCUAAACGUGUAGCCCUUAUUCUUUUCUAAAUCUUUUGGCUAUCUAAGAAUAAACAUACCUCUUGCUUAUGUCAAUGUAAUGUCCACUGAUACAGAUCAAUUCAAUGCUCUUUACUGCAAUCAAAACAAAUCUGUGCUGAAAACUACCCUACUGUCACAUCAGUGGUGUUUUUAUAUCAUAACUGUAUUAGCUAUCCAAAUCCAUGUUUUGGGGGCACAAGGCUUAGUGGUUGGCACAUUUGCCUCACACCUCCAGGGUUGGGGGUUCGAUUCCCACCUCCGCCUUGUGUGUGUGGAGUUUGCAUGUUUUCCCCGUGCCUCGGGGGUUUCCUGCGUGUAC